AGAGAUUGCAGAGACUGAUAGCGGGCACAGAGUCGAUGGGCCGAAUGGCUCCUUGUACACGAGGCAAACGUAAGCAACGUGAACAAAGGAUUAAAGUUUUGUUGUUUUCAAGCCUCUGGGAACUGAUUUAAUCAUUAAUUUAUUGACCAUUUAAACAUUAAAACAGGCGCCCUUCACUGCCCUCUGGUGGCCAACUGUUAGCGGUGCAAGCGGGCUGACCAGUGAUCUAAUUGAGAUUUCUCCCACGUUUGGCCACCGGACCGGUCAGUGACCAUCACGCUAAACACUGCCGGGUCGCCUGUUCCAAUUGAGUUUGCUUCGUUUAUUGUCACGUGUACCGAGGUACAGUAAAGAGCUUUUGUUGCGGGCCCUUGUGGAGCAGCGUGAAGCAUCUUCCUGAAGCACUGCCCUCAUUUGGUGAAUGUAGCCACAGUGCUGUGGUCUAGGUCUUGCUACAUACAAAUGGAGAGGCGGUUGGCAAUGGUUGUGCCCAGGACCCUGCCCGUGGAGCUCAUCGCUGAUGUCCUGGGCUGAGGAGAAGGACUUGCUUUUGUUGCCACCACAAGCAUUGGCUGCAUUUUAUUCCAGGUGCCCAGUGACAUCAGGGAUUAUCUUGGAGUGUCAAUGCCUCAUUCAGUCAAAGCGUGUCAAGGGUUCCACACACGGAGGGAGCCAUCUGUCACUCUCUGCCACCUGUCCCCGCUCUCAUCACCCCCCGUCACCCCGUUACCGGCACAGACUGACAUUAGCUCCACAAACCAGAGCCAGCACCUGGACGUCGAGCGGUUGGGCAAACGAUUUCGUGUCACAUGGAUGUUCUUGGUCAAAUUUGGUCUGCUUACACUCCGUGAAAGAUGAUAUGUAGAUACGUGCGGUGGAAUAAGAUGCCACAUUUAGCUGCCAGCAGCCUGCUGAUGGGGGGGUGGGUCACAGCAGUGAGGGAAGCUUCUAAACAAAGGUGUCACUGAGGCUGCUUGAGAACGUGAGUUAGCGAAGAUGGUGCAGACACGCCGAUCAAGUAUAAACGCAGCGAUUGGACGCACAAUCCUUCAAUUUGAGGGAACACUGAUCACCGACUAUAUCUCUCGUUUCCCUUCCCCCCGACUCUCAGUCUAAAGAAGGUUCCAUCACCAAUUCCUUUUCUCUAGAGAUGAUAUCUGCCCGCCGAGUUACUCCAGCAUUUUGUGUUUAUCUCGGGUCCACAUUUAAAUCGAUUGUUCAACUGACCAAUCCCCAGCACCUCGAAAACAAAUGAUAAAUGUGACUAGUAAUUUGAAUUAAAUGCAAGGAUAUAAAUAUUUCUCUGCAUCUUAUUUCAAAUACAACGAACUAAUACAAAUUAACAAUGCCUCGAAGGUCCUGACGUUAAUAUUCAUUAUUUAUUUAUUUUGACAAACAUACAAUGUGGAUUCCAGCGCCCAAAUGAUCUUGAGCUAAGAUCUAAGUUGGGUGCAAUCCUUGUGCAGUAUCAGUGGCAGCUGUUCCUGUAAACUGAUCGGCCUCACAGAUCAAUCCACUGACUAUUCUUAACAGUCAAGACAUGAUCUACAUCUUACAUGAAGCGCCGCCAGUGUUUGCACAACAUGGAUACAAGGGGUGAACUGCCUGCCGAGUCACCUGUGGACAUUCCAGCUGUUGAUUCAAUGCAGCAAGUAGGGGAACACUUCCAAUGGUGCCUUUACUGCUUGGAGGAACUCCUGGGCGAGAGGGAGAAGCUCAUCCGAGAACUGAUCUUCCUGAAGGAACCGAUGCAUCAAGAAAUCUGUGAGCUGCGGGUAAAACUGGUGGCGAUUUAUCGGAGUAAAUCACAGGCAGAGAUUAAAUGUGAAAACUACAAGGGAGAAAUAAUGUUCAUGAAAAGAAAACUGUUUGAAAUGACAAAGGCCCACCUGACCUAUAAACAGGAAGCGGACAGCACUCGGCAAGCCCUUGUCCAAAUGACAUUAGAACAUGAAGCCGAAGAAUCGAGAUCACAGACUCUCAACGACCAACUGGCUGCGUUCAAACAUCAGUGCCGUGAGGAAAUAAAACUUGUAAUCCACCAACUGGAAAAUACCAGAAACAUUGACAACAUUCUACCCCUGUGGAGGAGCCGGCAAACAGACGAAUUCCAGAACCUUUUAGCCGAGCAGAGGCAAUGGUUGGAGAAAUAUCAUGAACCCAAACUGGAAAAGUUGUUGAGCUGGAAUAAAUCGAGGGCGGCCUCCCUACGGCUCGCUCAGCGGGAGGUGGGCAGCCUGAGGGGCCAAGUGUGCCAAUUGCAGCAACAGGCGACAAGCCUGAACAAUCAGAAGCUGCUCAUUGAGCAGAAGCUGCUGAGAGCACACAGUGUGUGGGCUGAGGACGCUGCCCGUUACCAGAUACAGAAAAGAGAACUCGAAGCCAAAGCCAGGAUUCUGGAGACAGACCUUAGCGUACAGAAAACAAAGAAUGAUGACAUCAGAUGCAUGAAGCAGAACAUAACAGAAGAAUUAGCUGCUUACAAGGAAAGCCUGACGAUGUGUGGACAUAUUAUUGAAUCUCCGGACAUGAUAGAUCAGAAGAAUCCAAAUCCAAAAUGAACCAAAAAGUUUCAAGACAUUUCUUCGUAUAUAUUGGCACAUCUCCCUUUUCCCAUUAAAGU